GUGUGUGUGUGUGUGUGUGUGUGUGUGUGUGUGUGUGUGUGUGUGUGUGUCCUAACAUUUCUCUCGGUGUGGGUUCCCAUGGGUGGGAGCACACCCACCUAAGGAGGUCCAAAAUCCAAGUGGGGCCCAAAAUGGUGGACCCCACUCCGAUUUCAAUUAAAAUGAGCUCAGCAGCCUCCCCUGAUGCUACCAUUGCUUUUUUUUUCAUGUCAAAAAAUUGUCCCCUAAGGUAGCAAAAAGUGGGCAAGUGUGUAAAGGUGUGUAUCCUGCAGCCGACCGUAACCGGAAGUCAGGAUAUACACUUCCCGCAAAAUCUUAUACACACCGCGGGAGUCUGAAACCUUUGGCCAAUGACAUUGCUGCACUGAGGAAAACUACCGGAAGUUCACAACAAGAAGAAAACAACACGGAUUGAAGACAAAAAGAAGACGGAGUGAUUGGAUUAUUUUGAAUAUUUUUACAUUUACCGACCUCUGCAUGCAGCAGAGCCAUUAUGUCCACAAGAAAGAGGAGGAAAAAGCCUAUAGAUGAUGCAAAGACACACAUCCUGUCCUGUACUGACAAGGUUGGGUUUAUGUCGAGAUACAUUGACGGUUACAAAGGAAGAGGAGUGUUUGCCACACCCCCCAAUGAACCAGGGGACUUCGUCUUGGAGUACAGGGGUAAACACCUCACAAAGGAAGAAUGCGAGUCAAGACGAUACUCAGAGACUGAAAGCAAAUUUCUCUUUGGCUUUAAGUGGCAGAACCAUUGCUUAUGCCUGGAUGCAUCUGAAGAAGAUGGCUCUCUCGGAAGAUUGGUCAAUGACAACCACAAAAAUCCUAAUUGCGUUAUGAAAAAAAUCAUAGUUGACAACAAACCACAUUUGUGCCUUUUUUCUCUGAAGAAAAUAGAAAUAGGAGCUGAAAUUUAUUACAACUAUGGUGAUUCAAAAUGGCCUUGGCGCAGUAAGGUGGGAAAAAACAAGGCUCCUGCAGCAGCAAAAGAGAACCUAUUGGGUGGGGAAGGCCAGAUGAAAGGCCUUCAGACUCCUGCUGCAGCAGAAGAGAAUGAGGCCAGUCCUGUUCCUCAGAUGCUUAAUGAUGGACCAAUCCCAGAUGAGACCUACACACAGAUGAAAGGCCUUCAGACUCCUGCUGCAGCAGAAGAGAAUGAGGCCAGCCCUGUUCCUCAGAUGCUUAAUGAUGGACCAAUCCCAGAUGAGACCUACACACAGAUGAAAGGCCUUCAGACUCCUGCUGCAGCAGAAGAGAAUGAGGCCAGCCCUGUUCCUCAGAUGCUUAAUGAUGGACCAAUCCCAGAUGAGACCUACACACAGAUGAAAGGCCUUCAGACUCCUGCUGCAGCAGAAGAGAAUGAGGCCAGCCCUGUUCCUCAGAUGCUUAAUGAUGGACCAAUCCCAGAUGAGACCUACACACAGAUGAAAGGCCUUCAGACUCCUGCUGCAGCAGAAGAGAAUGAGGCCAGCCCUGUUCCUCAGAUGCUUAAUGAUGGACCAAUCCCAGAUGAGACCUACACACAGACCAUUCACAUGGAGGGACCUUUAGCAGAGGACAUUGAAGAUGUCUGUGUGCUAGGUGACAAGGGGUCAGACGAUGAGGUCAGCAUGUCAUCCAGGCAAGAAUGUACCUCCAUAUCAGAAAGUCAAAACCAAAGAGUGUCUGCAACAGAUGUCAGUAUGCCAGAAGAGGGGUCAGAACAUGAGGUCAGCAUGUCAUCCCUGCAAGAAUGUACCUCCACGCCACAAGUCCAAAACCAGACUGUCUCUGCAAAAAAGAGAGAAAAACAAACAGCUGUCAAGAGAAGCUGGACCCCAGAAGAGUGUGCUGCAGUGGACAAACAUUUGAGGAGAUUUAUCGUGAGGAGUCAAGUUCCUGGUAAAGAAGAGUGUCAGCGCUGUAUUACUGCUGCACCUGAAGCUCUCAGAAACAGAGACUGGAAAGCUGGUAAAUAUUAUGUUAAAAAUCGCAUUACAGCCCUGAGAAGAAAAGUAGUAUAAAAGCACCUAAUUGAACGGAGGUAAAAGCAAAACAUUGGAUGUCAAAAUGUUUUGUCCUUUGUUGUGUUUGUUGUUACUUUUUGUUGUUUUUGUAAGGGUUUGCUCAGGUUUUAUGGCUGUUCCGUUGUGUACAAAUAAAAACAUUUCACAGGUUUUUUUUGUAUAUUUUUUACACCUGUAAUAACAAGGCAUUUUGAAUGCAGUCCAAUGAAACGCAUAAUUUCAAUGCCAAUGUAACAAAAAAUGUUGGGUUUGCAUAGAACUUCAAACUGAUAUUGUUAAAACAUUCAGUGGAGAUUAGAUUAAUGAUUUAAUAAUUAAAAAAAUCACAAGCAUAUGGCAUAAAAUGUAAUUAAAUUGUUCAUUUCAAUUUUGUUAUUAAACUGUCUUUGAAGCUGAAUGUCUUGUAAUCUGUCAUCGCAGAUAGAAAUGUUCACACAUAUACAUAAUCACUUAUUACAAAAAAAUAUUUUAGUCCAACAUGAGGAAACUGGGAGUAAUAAUAAAGACUGGUAUCAGCAGCUGCAGAUAGUGACCGUGGGCCCCAUUAACAUAUAAAAACUUGAUAUGUACGUGUGUAUGUGAAUGGACCUCACAAGUAUGCAAUGCUAGAAACGGUCCCCACAAGUGGCCAAAUACCUUUUUGGUCAAAACUUUAGAAAUGUGUUAAAUUGAAGUGAUAUUAAUGAUUUAGAUUUUUUUUUACAUCUAACCUUGUUUUUAAAAGCGAUGUAGGACCACUGGAAAGGGUGGAUCCCAUAAAGCAUAGAAAAACCGGUGGGCCUCAUAAGGGGCAAAAACCAGAAUGUGUGUGUGUGUGUGUGUGUGUGUGUGUGUGUGGGGCCAUGUCAGU